AUGGGGAGUACGCCAGCACAGAUAAGAGAAGACGUGGUCAUGGAGAGCGAUCCGUCCAGUAUGAAGAAAAAGCAGCAAACCGGUGGGGGCCUCCCCUCGACGGGGAAGCACACCCCUCCUGGUAGUGCCAACUAUGAAAAGAAAGUCAGUUUCGAGGAAGGGACCCUCUCCAAAGGGCAAAGGUGGAAUGCUCACGGAAGCGUCUCCACGAAUACAUACUUCCACUACUGCAGCGUUGAUGAGAGCACCUCCCACCAAAACAGCAAUGAAAGUUACCUCUCCAUGGGCACUACCCUAGAGGUGGAGGGGAAAAUGGCCAACCUGCUUUACAAUCGGAGUAACACUCUAAAGGAGGACAGUAAGGUGUUCCUAUCAGAGCAUGAAAUUUUUGCUCCAAACGGGGAGGCAGUUGAUGUGCGAGGUGAGAAUGGGUAUGGUGAGAGAAGUAAUUUACACGGAGGGGGGGGGAAAAAGAGGGAUCUGGUGUCUACCAACGAGGCACUGAAAAAGGGGAGGUACCCUCCUGGAGGGGUUGCCGCCAAUUCGAAGAGCAACCACGAGGAUAAAACGGUUGCUCAUAGGAGGAAGAACCCAUUGGGGAGGUCUCCCAAGUGUCAAGCUGCUAACCCUGCGAGGUGGGACACAUCUGAUGGGGCGCAUGAUCCAAAGUUGCAAAGGGAAUCCACCCACGCGAUUGCGGAAGAACCCCCUGCUAGCGGCAAAAAAAGGACGUCCAAUUCGACUGGGAAGAAGGUAGAAGAUCACACAAUAAGAAACACCUCAUCAUGCGAUGAACGGAAGAGGGAAGAAUAUGUCUCCGCUUCCAACUCCAGGUUGGAUGACCGCAUGUCUGGAGAUCAAAUGGACUCGAGGAAUUACACCUUUUGUUAUGAAAACAGCUUACAGAGCGGUCUGUCGAAGAGUGCCCAUAGCUCUAGCUUGGUGGACUAUGUAAAUUCUCAACAGAGUAGCCUCACUACUGAGUAUGGGGAGCGGUGUCCGGAGGAGGGGCCUCACAAAAGUGAUGGCACCCCGGGUAGUCCCCCUAGCGAUGAGCCCUCCUACGUCAGUAGCGAAGUGCAAGAUAGUCUCUACAAUUCUGUGGUGAAGAACAUGGAGAGGGAAAUUAGGACCUUGGACGGGUUCCAGCAGGGGGGGGUAGCAGCGGAGGGAGAGGUGGUCAGCGGCAAGGUAGUGGAAGACGCAAAAGAGGAUGAUGUACUGACUUACGAGGGGAUACCCCCCCCUGUGGAAGCCUCCCCUGCCAAAUGCGCCGCAGCGGAAGAAGACGCGGUGAGCAUAUUCUUCAAGGGGGACAGAAGGUUCUUCAACUUCGACCUCCCCGCUAGCGAAAUAAUCGAACGGAAGAGCUUCGAAAUAAUCGAAAUGAUCAGCGAGGGAAGCUUCGGCACCGUUUACAAGGCCCUGUGGCAGAACAAAAUCGUUGCCGUGAAGAAGUCCCACAUCCACAUGUCCCUGGAGGGCAUGCGGUCCAUCGCGCGCGAGGUGAACACGUACCGCUCCGUUUCGCACGAGAGCAUUGUGAAGUAUUACGGAGUCUGCAUAGACGAAGCCUUCAUAGGCAUCGUCCUGGAGUACAUCCCCAGAGGGAACGUCUUCGACAUGCUGUACAACGGCACGCUGGUUGUGCCUUACGAGGUUCGCCUGCAGAUGGCUGUCCAGCUCGUGCAGGUGGUUAACUACCUUCACUCGGUUAAGCGGUUCGUCCACCGGGAUUUGAAGACGAGCAACUUUUUGUUCGACGAGGAGUAUAACCUAAAAAUAUGCGACUUUGGAAAAACGAGGAAGUUAAACGCAGACGGGAAAAUAAUUUUGGAGGACAACGGAGGCUCCCCCAGAUACAUGGCCCCGGAGUGUUUCAUCGAAGAGAACUCCAUAAGUGAGAAGUCGGACAUCUGGGGCUUGGCGUGUUGCCUCAUUGAGAUUUUCGCCAACCAAAUUCCGUUUCAGCACAUAAAGCAUAAGGAAGACGUUGUCUUAGAAAUUUUGGUCAAAAAGCAGAAGCCAAACGUGCCCGACUGCUUCCACCCCAAAUUGCACAAACUGUUGGAGAGGAGUUUCAGCAUAGACCCUGAGGAAAGACCCUCAUGCGAGGAGUACCUACAAUUGCUCCUCGAGUUUUAUUCAAAAAACACAGUGUGUUAA